AUGAACAGCAAUACAAUGCAUACGUUAUUUGGUGAACAAAAUGCUUAUUAUAGGCACGCAACCAGUGUUCCAGUUGGUAUGGGUACUUCAUCAUAUCCUGGAGUUGGUGGAGCACCGGCAUAUUAUGAACAAUAUCGUUAUGGUGGUUAUACAGCAGCUGGUUAUCCCGUCGCUGGAAUAAGUCAGCAACACAUGCAUCAUCCGGCAAAAGAUAUGGUGAAACCACCCUACUCGUAUAUAGCGCUGAUAGCUAUGGCAAUACAAAAUGCACCGGAUAAAAAAAUAACUUUAAAUGGAAUUUAUCAAUUCAUUAUGGAACGUUUUCCUUACUACCGUGAAAACAAGCAAGGCUGGCAAAAUUCAAUUAGGCAUAACUUGAGUCUUAAUGAAUGUUUUGUAAAGGUUCCACGAGAUGAUAAAAAACCAGGAAAAGGAAGUUACUGGUCGUUGGAUCCCGAUAGCUAUAAUAUGUUUGACAACGGAUCUUAUUUAAGAAGAAGAAGGAGGUUUAAGAAAAAAGAUGCCCUAAAAGAAAAAGAAGAAGCACUGAAACGGCAAGGAAUAGUAUUAGAUAAACGAGAAGAUGUUAAAUCUAACCAUAACAUAGAUUCAACUAAAAAGCUAUCAUCGUCAGAAUGUAAGCAGCCAAAACGAGAGCCAUUAAACGACCCACCUCAUUGCAUGAGUAAUAAUAGUUCUGUUGCUAAAUAUGGUGGUUUACAGGAUAGUAAAGCAAAUACUACAACUGCAAGCGUUAUUCAGACAAGUUUAGGGCAUGGAUCUGGACUUCAAAUUCAACAGCCGCAUCAGGUUCACCAGGAAGUUGCAGUAACUGAUGUAAAUAUAGGUUUAGAUCCUGCAAGCUUCAGUGUUGAUGCGUUGAUGACAACCAGAGAAAAUAGCGCUAUAAUGAAUCGUGAUCAUCAUUCACAUCAUUCUCAUUCAAUUCAACAUUCUCAUGGGCAUUCUGGCCUUUCGCAUUCAUCUAUGAUGACCUCAUCUCGAGAUCCUAAUACUACCGUCGGUACCAGAGAUCUUACAGCAGUGGUAACUACUACGAGUACAACAACCGCCGCUGCAGUAGCUAUGAUGGCUUCCACCGGAUACAGCCAUGUUACGCCAUCGAGAGGUCAUUCUAGUCCAUCUGCAACAAUGUACUCUCCAUAUUGUCCGAGCUCAUCGGGAUAUAUUAUGGAUCAUACCGAUUACAAUGCUACUGUAACUAGAAAUCAUAAUCCUCCACAUUCCCAAUGGUAUCAAGAGGCUGCUAGUCCCGAUUCCGCAACUAUUUAUCAGGAUACGCAAUCGCCGAGCUGUCAAUUAUACAGAUCGAGUCCACCUACUCCCUUAUCUUCGAGUGCGGCUCCAUCUCCACCACUGUAUCACAGUCAUAGAUAUUAUCAGGAUUGUAAUGCAGUUAAUACCAGUGGAAAUCUUCCAAUAACGUUACAUAAGUCUCAAAGAGACCUUGCAUCAUCAAUAAGUGGCAAUCAUCAACAGAAACAUGAAGAUUAUGAUCCAUAUUUAGUUUACAUUAAGCAAGAAUGGAUUUCACCUGAUGAACUUCCAAAAGAAUGGCACUGA